AUGAGUUGGUUCAACGCUGCUCACCUGUCCAGCUUCGCUAAACAAGCUCUGACAACAGCUCAGAAGUCCAUCGACCGAGUGCUGGACAUAAAAGAAGAGGACCAAUGGAGUGACACAGUUGUGAUGCCUUAUGAUGAUUUGCCAGGAAAAACACCGUUAAGCGGAGGAUGGGGGAUGACACAAUGGGAUGAACCUCCAGAGGAGAAGACCAAGAUCCCUCCUCCUUCAUCAGAAGCCAUCACUACUCCUGUCACCCGCACCGUUGUUGAUGAAUCAGAAAACUUUUUCAGUGCCUUUCUGUCCCCUGGAGAUGUACAGGGCGUCAAAAAAACCCAGGUAGUAUCUGUGCCUCCUGCCAAGUCUCACAGGAGGCCACAGGAGAAGGAGAAGAAAAGCAAAGAGACAGUGGUCAACACUGAUGUGGAGCCUCCAAAGUCAGGAGCUGCUGAUCAGAGUCAAGAGGAUCAGGAAGAUACCGAGAGCCAGUCGGUUGAGUCAGAGUCGUCUUCCCCUGCAGCACCAUAUCCAAACACCAUUCUUCUGCAGCCAGUUUCUCCUGUUUCAUCUCACAGUGAUCAUCCUUGUGACUCAGACGGCAAAACAACUGGUGAGAGAGUGGAAAUAGAUGCCAGCUCAACAGUUUGCAAGGAUUCAGAAACGGAAGAAUCGUCCUCUCCCUUGCAACAUCAAGCGGAGCAGGAUGUCACUGACUCUGAAACUUCGGGCGUCACCUCUGAACCCAAGAGCUCUGUUCCUUCAGACCCGUCACCUUCCCCGCCCUCUAAGGAGGUACUGUUGGAGCCUAAAGACCCAAAGAUGGAGGACCGUCAAAAUGAUACCCCCUCCCCUCCAGUCAGUGCCUUCUCCUCAGGCACCUCCACCACCAGUGACAUUGAGGUACUCGACCAUGAGAGUGUGCUGAGUGAGAGCUCGGCCAGUUCCAGGCAAGAGACGGGGGAGGGAAAAGCUGGCCUUCACCUAAUGCAGGGCUCCUUCCAGCUCCUUUCAGUCUCUACCUGUGGAGAUUUCCCCCGUCUAGAGGACUACCCCAAGCUCACAGAAAGCUGCGGCUCCUCCUCGGACGCUUUUGAGCGCAUCGAUUCAUUCAGCGUGCAGUCGCUGGAUAGCCGGAGUGUCAGUGAGGUUAACUCGGACGAUGAGAUCCCUGGCAGUCGGACGCUAGCAUCCGUAACUGCAGGGCCUGCCCCCAUGGCAGUCGUGUCAUCCACCGUAUGUCAAAGUCAGGAAGAGGGAGCUGUAGGGAAGGAGGAAGAGGAAGAGGAAGAGGAGGAAGAGGGGUUCAAUGAAAGUAUGAGGGAGCAGUCUGUGGAUGAGAUGGAGGAGAGUGGACGCAGUGCCACGCCUGUGAAUAGUGAGCAGCCUGAGGACUUGACAGAGCAGGAACAGGAAUCUGAGGCUAAUGUCACACUGUCCGGGCCCACCCCCGAGCCUGAAGAGCAGCCGAACCUGCCAAUCACAGAGGAGAUGAAGAGUGUUUCAACUUGUCAGAUUUUGGAGCUUCAAAAGGUCAUUGAUGAGUUGUCAAGCCGCCUUGAGAAGAGAGAAUCUCAGCUGCUGGCUGUCAGCAAGGAUAAGGCCAAGCUGGAGGAGGAAUGUGACAACCUCAAAGAUGAAGUGAUAAGCCUGAAGGAGGAGAGCUCCACCGUUCAGUCUCUUAAGGAUGAAUUCACCCAGCGCAUAGCAGACGCAGAGAGGAAGGCUCAGCUUGCCUGCAAGGAGCGGGACAUUGCCAAGAAGGAGAUAAAGGGCAUGCGAGAGGAACUGUCCACUCGGCUGAAUUCAAAUGAGACAAUGGAAAUCAUCAAGGAGAAAGAGGAGCAGAUCAGAGGCCUGCUUGAAGAAGGUGAGAAGCUGUCCAAGCAGCAACUGCAGCACUGCAACAUCAUUAAGAAACUGCGUGUAAAAGAGAAGGACAGUGACACAAAAAUCACUAAGCAGAGCAAGAAGAUCAAGGAACAGGAGGACGAGCUCAAGCACCUGCAGCAGGUUCUUGAUGGGAAGGAAGAAGUGGAAAAGCAGCACAGGGAGAACAUCAAGAAGCUGAAUGCCGUGGUGGAGCGCCAGGAGAAGGAGCUGAGCCGGCUGCAGACAGACUCCGAGGAGCUGCAAGAGAAAAACAGGAGCCUACAGGCUGCUCUGGACAACUCUUACAAGGAGCUGGCAGAGCUCCACAAGACCAACGCUAGCAGGGCCAGUGAAGCCCAAGAGGCAGCUCUGAGCAGGGAGACCCAGGCUAAGGAGCAGCUGAGCCUGGCCCUGGAGAAGGCCCAGGAGGAGGCCCGGAUACAGCAGGAGGCUCUAGCCAACCAGGUAGCUGACCUGCGGCUGGCUAUACAGAGAGCUGAGCAGCAACAGGCCAGGAAAGAGGAUUACCUGAGGGAGGAGAUCAGUGAGCUUCAGCAGAGGCUUCAGGAGGCAGAGACUAGGAAUCAGGAACUCAGUCAAAGCGUUACCUCAGCAACACGGCCCCUACUGCGACAGAUUGAAAACCUACAGGCUUCACUGGGGGGUCAGACGGCAUCCUGGGAAAAACUGGAGAAGAACAUCUCUGAUAGGCUAGCGGAUGCUCAGGCACAGCUGGCCAUUGCUGUAGAGAAAGAGCGUUCGGCAUCAGAGGAGCUGCUCGCCAUCAAGUCUCAGCUCGCCUCCCUGGAGUCCCAGAAUUCCCUGCUUCGUCAGGAGAAGGGCCGUCUCCUGGGACAACUAGAUGCUGAGAAAAGCAAGAGAGAGAAGCUAGAGGACGAGAGUAGCAGGGAGCACGUUGAACUGGAGAACCUGCAAGGAGAGCACAGUCGAAUGCUGGAGGAGGCUAAGAAAGAAAAGCUGCUGCUCACCAAUCAGCUUGAGAUGGAGAAGAUGAAGGUGGAGCAAGAGAAGAAGAAAUGCUACCUAGCACAAGAAACCCUCAAGGAAAAGGAGCGGAAGGCUAUGACCCACUCUGUAGGCGAGCCUCCAGCCUCCUCCACACCCUCCCUGUCCCGCUCCAGCUCCAUCAGUGGAGUGGACAACGCUGGUCUGCACACCUCUAUGCUUUCCCAGGAUGACCCUCUGGACCACUCGCUGGGCUCCAUGUCCAUGUCUUUGACCGGGACCAACCUGUACGAGGUUGCCAGGCUGUCUGGUGGCUCCAGCAUCAUCGAGAACCUCCAGUCUCAGCUCAAAUUGAGAGAAGGAGAGAUUGCACAGCUACAGCUUGAGAUCUCCAGUCUGGAGAGGAGUCGGUCUGUCAUGGCAGAGGAGCUGGUGCGGCUCACCAAUCAGAAUGAUGAGAUGGAGGACAAAGUGAAGGAGAUCCCCAAGCUGAGAAUUCAGCUCAAGGAUCUUGAGCAGAGGCACAACACCAUCCUGCAGAUGUACGGAGAGAAGGCUGAGGAGGCAGAGGAGCUGAGGCUGGACCUAGAAGAUGUCAAGAAUAUGUACAAAACCCAGAUCGAUGAACUCCUCCAGAACCAGAAAUAGACUCGCUUUCCUGCUCUGUCGUGCAUUUGGGACACCCAUGAAAAACAAAGUACAGCAACAACAAAAAAUAAAUAAAUAAAUAAAUAAAGACAAGACACAAUAAACCAACUUAGGUAGACAUGCAUUCACUGCAGCAGAUUUAAGAGAGAGUUUGAUAUUGUGUUUCAUCACUGUCUCAAAAGAAAAUUGAUCUAUCUUUUAUGUUUAUUUUAUUUUAAUUAUCAGAUACUUUAGCUAUUUAAGUGGGGGUAUUGGGAAUGUGGGAACAGUACAAAUACAGUACAGUUUACUGAACCAAUAUGAAGGAUAUUCAGUUGAUUGAGUUAUAGUUGUUAAUUAUUGGGAAUCUUUGGGGAGUUUUUACACAUUGUUUUAGGUAUAAUUUCUCCUAAUCAUACCUUUGAGAGAGUAUUAUAAGGGCAGUUUUUAACUGUAGGAACUGAUAAGGAUGUUUGCACUAUUCAAUUUCAUCCUUGUUUAAUUCAUCGCAGAUUGAUAUAUAAUCAGAAUGGUUAAAGAUAUAUAUUGAAAAUUAUUGCACAGUGGAUUACAUGCUUUGAUUGCAACUCCUUACAAAUCACAAAAUGUGUAGACUUUGGGGGGUAACCUAUGCGGAGAAUCCUGAAGAUUGGGUUUUGCGUUGUAUAUAAAUGUGUAAAUGAAUAAACAUUUAUUUGGGUGGUGAAAAGUAGUGGUUGAUAUGUAAUUUUAAUUGUGUGGAAAUCAUUGUGAAUAAAUUUGAAGUGUAAAGAAAAAAUCUCUGACACUGUAUUAGUCCCCUCUGGCAGGAUAGGCCAAGGACCUGAGACUAAAGACCCCUGUUUGAUAAAAUUUUAUCCCAAGAAACCCUAUCUUGGAAGAUGGUGUAAUUGUGAUUUUGUAUAGAUAUACAUAUCUCCAUACUGUUGGUGGUUUGAUAACAGGUGGCAGUGAGAUAAUUGGGAUACUUACCUCUCUAGGCCCUGGGAGGCCCUUUUACUACUAACCAAACUGGAAAGAAUUUGCACAUGGAAAAUGAAACUGUUCAGUACCUCA